GCAUUUCAGGGAAUUACUGAGGAUUAAUAUCAGAUGCCACAAGACACUUUUCAACAUUGCAAAUGAUUUCUAGAACCAUUUUGGUCAGGCAGUGACAGUAUUCAUGAUCUUGCAUUCAAGCCUGAUGGAACCCAACUUAUUGUUGCUGCUGGUAAUAGAGUACUGGUUUAUGACACUAAUGAUGGCACACUUAUGCAGCCUUUGAAGGGUCAUAAAGAUACUGUCUAUUGUGUGGCAUACGCCAAGGAUGGUAAAAGAUUUGCUUCGGGAUCAGCGGACAAGACAGUCAUCAUCUGGACAUCAAAACUAGAAGGAAUAUUGAAAUAUACUCACAAUGAUGCCAUUCAAUGUCUUGGGUUCAAUCCAAUCACACAUCAGCUGGCUAGUUGUGCUUUCAGUGAUUUUGGAUUAUGGUCCAUGGAGCAAAAAUCUGUUUCCAAACACAAAGUGACAAGUCGUAUUACAUGUUGUUCUUGGACUAACGAUGGUCAGUACCUAGCUUUAGGACUGUAUAAUGGAUGUAUCACUAUCAGGACUAAGAAUGGUGAAGAGAAGCUCAAAAUUGAGAGACCUAAUGGUGGUCUUAGUCCUAUAUGGAGCUUACAGUGGAAUCCUUCUAAAGAUGAAUCUGUUGAUACCCUUGCCGUCCUUGAUUGGGGUCAGAAGUUAUCUUUCUACAAUCUCAGUGGAAAACAGAUCGGUAAAGAACGUAAUUUAGGUUAUGAUCCAUGCUGUCUGAGUUACUUCUCUAGAGGAGAAUACCUGAUAAUUGGAGGAGCUAACAAACAGGUUACACUUCAUACUAAAGAUGGAGUUCAGUUAGGAGUGGUUGGUGAACAGAACUCAUGGGUAUGGUGUGCCAAGGUUAGACCAGAUCAGAAUCAUGUGGCUGUCGGAUGUCAGGAUGGAACCAUAGCUCAUUAUCAACUCAUAUUCAGUACAGUACAUGGUCUGUAUAGAGAUCGGUAUGCCUUCAGGGAAAACAUGACUGAUAUCAUCAUACAACAUCUUCUUACUGAUCAGAAGGUCCGCAUUAAAUGUCGUGAUCUCGUCAAGAAGAUUGCAAUCUUCAAGAAUCGUCUUGCUGUCCAAUUAUCCGACAGGAUUGUUGUAUAUGAGCAGUAUUCUGAUGAUGCCUCUGAUAUGCACUACAGAGUUAAAGAGAAGAUUAAUAAGAAGUUUGACUGUAAUCUUCUUGUGGUUUGUGCAGAACACAUUAUCCUCUGUCAGGAACGUCGUCUUACCAGUUUAACCUUCUCUGGUGUGAAGGACAGAGAAUGGGUAAUGGAGGCCUUGAUCAGGUAUAUCAAAGUGAUUGGUGGCGCUGAAGGUAGAGAGGGUCUACUGGUUGGUCUUAAGAAUGGACAGAUCUUCAAGGUUUUUGUGGACAAUCCUUUCCCUAUCUUGAUCCUGAAACAACAAACAUCAGUUAGAUGUCUUGAUAUCAGCUCAUCAAGGAAAAAACUUGCUGUGGUUGAUGAACAUAAUACCUGCAUGGUCUAUGAUAUCAAUACAAAGGAACUACUCUUUCAGGAACCCAAUGCCAACAGUGUAGCAUGGAAUACUCAAUAUGAAGACAUGCUUUGUUUCUCUGGGAAUGGAACUCUCAAUAUCAAAGCCAGUACAUUCCCUGUCAAGCAACAAAAACUUCAAGGUUUUGUGGUAGGAUUCACUGGAUCCAAGAUCUUCUGUUUACAUAUCUAUGCCAUGACAACGGUAGAGGUUCCACAGUCAUCUGGGAUGUAUCAGUAUCUAGAACGCAAACAAUUCAAGGAUGCAUACAAAGUAGCUUGCCUUGGAGUAACUGUCAAGGAUUGGACAGCUCUAGCUCAUGAAGCCAUUCAAGGUCUGGAUUUUGAUACUGCCAAGAAAGCCUUUACUCGUGUCAGAGACUUACGCUAUCUGGAAUUAAUACACAGCAUAGAGGAGCGGAAGCGUCGUGGGGAGGUGGAUGAUCAGUUGUUCUUAGCAGAUAUCUAUGCAUAUCAAGGCAAGUUUGGUGAAGCAGCUAAACUAUACAAAAGAGCUGGUCAAGAACAGAGAGCAAUGAAUAUGUACACAGAUCUACGCAUGUUUGAUCAUGCUAAGGAAUUCAUUGGUUCUGGAGAUCCACUAGACAAGAAACUGCUUAUCACUAAGCAAGCUGACUGGGCAAAGAAUAUCAAUGAACCUAGAGCUGCUGCUGAGAUGUAUUUAUCUGCUGGUGAACAUCUCAAGGCUAUAGAGAUCAUUGGAGAUCAUGGAUGGGCUGAUAUGCUCAUUGAUGUAGCUCGUAAACUAGAUAAGGCAGAGAGGGAGCCUCUUGGGAAGUGUGCUCAGUACUUCAAGAAGAUGGAGCAGUUUGCAUAUGCUGCUGAGACUUACACCAAGAUGGGGGAUACUAAGAACCUUGUCUUGCUUCAUGUUGAGUCUCGUCACUGGGAUGCUGCCUUUGGUCUCGUGGAAAAACAUCCAGAGUUCAAGGAUGACGUAUAUGUCCCCUAUGCCCAGUGGCUUGCAGAGAAUGACAGGUUUGAGGAGGCCCAGAGAGCAUUCCAUAAGGCAGGUCGACAAGAUGAGGCUGUUAAGGUGUUAGAACAACUUACCCACAAUGCAGUUCUGGAGAGUCGUUUUAAUGAUGCUGGAUACUACUUCUGGAUGCUUUCAAUGCAGUGUUUGGAUAUAGCAGGUGCUGACAUAGACAAGAGAAGAGACAUGUUAAGAAAAUUCCAGGAAUUUCAAGCUAAAGCUGAAAUGUACUACGUGUAUCAUUCUAUCCAACGUUACACCGAUGAACCAUUCACAUCUCAUCUUCCUGAUGCACUCUUUAAUAUGUCAAGAUACCUGUGGCAUGCUAUUCUCAAUGAUAUUCCACAUGGAAUUAGCAAAGUGAACACACUGUAUGCCUUGGCUAAACAGAGUCGUAACCUUGGAGCCUUCAAGCUAGCUAGGUUUGCCUUUGAGAAGCUACAGUCAUUGAGGAUUCCUGCUCGGUUCCAAGAAUCUAUUGAUCUUGGUAGCAUCACUAUUAGGUCCAAACCAUUCCAUGAUGCUGAGGAUGUCUUACCAAUGUGCUAUCGUUGUUCUACCACCAACCCUCUACUCAACAACCAAGGCAAUCGGUGUAUAAAUUGCAGUCAACCCUUUGUCCACUCAUUUGUAUCUUUUGAGGUGCUCCCUCUAGUAGAGUUCCACCUGGAGGAAGGGAUCCCUGAUGAGGAGGCUAUCCAGCUGAUCCAGAUGGAGCCACCAAGGAAUGGUCGUAGUGGUGGAGAUAAAUGGAGUGAAUCAAACAAAGGCAAUGUACAAUCUAUGAGACUAGAUGAAUAUGGUGGAGAUGAUACAGAUGUUCAAGAAGAUCCUUUCACAGCUAGACUCCUUAGCUUUGAGCAAGGAGGAAAUGAGUUUGUUCCUGUGGUGGUUAACCGAACGGUCUUAAAGUCUCUUGAUCGUAGUCAUGUAGUGGUCAAAAGAUGGUCAGCUCCACUUCGUUAUCAAUACUUCAAGUCUAUUAUGCCUGAUGUAUCGGUCAUUGUAUGUCCUUCAUGUAAUCAGUUGUUUCACACUGAUGAAUAUGAGAUUCAAGUCCUACAGAAGAAUCACUGUCCAUUCUGCCGCAAAGCUGUCUCUGAAGCGUCAGAAUCAUGAGACUAGUCACCCAACUCCUUGUAUACAUGUAAUGUAGGGUGGUGAUUUCAUCAAAGAAAAUAGUCAACCUUUUUGUAUGUCUGACCCCCAUUUUCACUUCACUCUAUGAGCUACUCAAGCCAUGAUAAUGUGAGAGAAUUACAACAUUUCAUACAAAGCACAAAGCAGAGACAAUUAAUUUCAGGAAGGACCCACAUAUAGGGGGUUGGAUGUACAUACUACAUGGAAUUACCUUCCUGUAAACCGCUUUAAAUCACUGGUUUUGAUAAGGGAUGGACUGAACCGCUUUAAAUCACUGGUUUAGAUAAGGGAUGGACUGUGAACCGCUUUAAAUCACUGGUUUAGAUAAGGGAUGGACUGUGAACCGCUUUUAAUCACUGGUUUAGAUAAGGGAUGGACUGUAAACUGAUUUAAAUCACUGGUUUAGAUUGGUUUAUAGAAGGGAUGGACUGUAAACUGGUUUAAAUCACUGGUUUAGAUUGGUUUAUAGAAGGGAUGGAAUGUAAACUGCUUUAAAUCACCGAUUUAGAUCGGUUUAGAGAAGGGAUGGACUGUAAACUGAUUUAAAUCACUGGUUUAGAUUGGUUUAUAGAAGGGAUGGACUGUAAACUGAUUUAAAUCACCGAUUUAGAUCGGUUUAGAGAAGGGAUGGACUGUAAACUGAUUUAAAUCACUGGUUUAGAUUGGUUUAUAGAAGGGAUGGACUGUAAACUGCUUUAAAUCACCGAUUUAGAUUGGUUUAGAGAAGGGAUGGACUGUAAACUGCUUUAACCCUUAGUAAACUGGGGUUGGGUCAAUUUGACCCCCCUCCCUCGACAAAUUUCGUCACUACGCCGUCGUGCAAAAUUUUUUACUUUCAAGUCUUGCGCAUCUUUUGAGACCAAAUUUGCGACGCCUGGGUACACGGUUCCAAAAUUACGCAACAUUUUGUAAGUGCAUGGCUACUUUAUAUUUUGCCUAGCUAAUACAUGCAGUAUUUUAUUUGAUUGCUACAUCUUUCAUUCAGCUGUCAAACAACGCUCAUUUCCUUUCAUGUAUUUAUUUCUAUUAUAUCUAUUUCUAUUAUAUCUGAGUUUAAACUUGUUUUCUUGAGCUUUGAACUUCCUACAUAUUUCCCUUUUUUUCAAUUUUAUUUUUAAGAGAAGAUGGAAAGGGGUGAAUUUUUAAAAGUCUUUAUUUUUAGACUGAAAUGCUACCAUGAUGUAAUCAAUAUACUUCAAUCAUGAUCUUUUUAGUUUGGUCAAUCCAUAUCGUCUAAAUGCAAAACAUGUAAUAUUUAACUUGUAAAAGUCACAUAUACAGUUGUGCUCAAAAGUUAGUGAACCCCACCACAAAAGGUACUCCAUCAUGUUGAGUGUUGAGUGUAGACAACAACACUACAAUGUUCGGCAAGCCGAGAGAAGCAAACUAUUGAAUGUAAUAUUUUAUCACCUGACUUCACAAUUAAAUAUCUAAAAUAGGGCAUACCUUGAACACUUUGAAUAUGUUCAUUUUCUGGUUGGGUUCAUUACCUUUUGAACACCACUGUAUACAGUAGUGCUGUAGUUCCAAGAAAUUUGACUUCAGCAAUGCCUUGGGUUUUUUUUUUUUUUUUACAAACAUAAUUUCGUGUGUCUUCAAGCCUUUAGAAGAAAUUUUAGUACUUUCUAAACUUGCUUUAAAAUGCAUCUACCAAAACAUGUUGUUUUAUGGAAACUAGUUUUUCUCGGAAUAUGUAUAUUGCAGGGAAGGUAAAAAUUUAGUUUUCCACCUAAAUUGACAUUUCAAGCCUUUAAACAUUAAUCAUAUUCUCAAUCAUUAAUGUAUGUGAUUUAUAUUGUGAGAAAGCAUUGUAUUUGUGACCAUUUAUUUUGAAUCAAAAUGAAAUACUGUUGCUGAAUUUCCGAUAUAUUUUGUGUGAAGGUACAUAUUUUCUUAUCCAUUGAGUAACCUUUGAACUUGAAUUAAAUUUUUUAUCAUACUGAUCCAGUCUGUGUAUAUUGAUAAAGAAACAAUGUGGACAAAGACAUACUAUAAUUUGUUUGAAGAAUAAAUUUAAGAUGACUAAUGAAAAAUGAAAGGAAAUUGUUCUGACGAUUAUCUUUACCACCAUAUGUAUUUUGUUGCGAUCAGAGUGAGAUAAUUUCAGUAAUAAAAAUCUAUUGCUUGUGUGAAUAACACAUAAAUUUGUACUUAUGUAAAUUAUUGAAAUGAAAUUUAUACUGACAUUAAAAGCUCUCAAAAGUAACACUUUAUUUACCUCUGUGCGAAGUUGGGGAUAUGUUUAUUAAAUUAUUUCUUGGUAAAAUUGCUUAUGAAAUAUAAUUAAACAUUUUUUUUAUUGAAUGUAGAAGGUGUAUAAAUAUAUUGUGUAUUAUAUCUAAUGAAAUCAAUAGUGAACAUACCAUCUAAAAGUCACAUAAAAAACCCUUUUUUUUUUUUUAAGUCACUUAAUUUUAUAUCUCUCUUCAUUUCAAACUGCAAUUUUCUAGCAGGUUAAUGUGAGCAUUAAUGUGGAGAAUGAUUAUUGUACAUUUUGACCAUAGCAUAUCUGUAAGUAAAAUGGAGUGUAUUCAUUUGUAAAUAGAACUUGUGAAUGUUAGCAAAUUUCUAUUUAUGAUAUAAGUUGUAAAAUAAAAGAUUUUUCUUCAUUAAA